AUGCCUCCUCCGGCCGUCGACGAUGCUGUAAUAUAUUCGGAGAGUCAAGCGUCCUGCCACGGCUGUCGCCAACGAAAGCAGAAAUGUUCCAAGGAAAAGCCAUCGUGCUCCAAUUGCAAGAGACUCGGGGAAGGUAUUUGCUGCGUGUACGACGCGAGAAAACGCAAGCCAGGCCUCAAGACCGGGGCCGUGGAAGGCCUCUCGAGACGAGUGGAGGCCCUCGAGGACGCUUUUCAUAGCACACCAGGACUCGGCAGUGGUGCACCAAUUGCUACUGAGACCAAUGGCGCGUCCCCAGCUACAGCUUAUCUUGCUGGCAGCAUUAAUACACUGGCAACGACGAUCGAAAACCUGACAGCCAAAAUCGACUCCCUUGAGAACGUGGCCGCCAGAGACAAUCUUGUACCAGCAUCUCCAACCUCACGAACACGGGCUUCGGCAGAAACUAAAGAUGGCGAAUCAAGUUCGCGGUGGAAGCGCAGGAGAAUUGACACUCAUUAUGAUCAGUCUACAUUCACUCCUGCCUCGUUCACGAAUCCGUCCCGCCCGACUCCGAGAUGUGGGUACACGAAGCUACCAGGCGAACUUCUCGACGAUGUCGUUCACCUGUACUUUAUGCGAAUACACUAUUGGAUCCCCAUACUACACUGGACGAGAUUCAAGCAUCAGUAUAGACAAUACGCCCUCAGGGGAAAGAUGGGCGUUAUCCUCAACGCUUUGGUUGUGGGGACUUUGAAGUAUGUAAACAGAGAACAAUACCAUCUAUCGGACGGGGACAUAGAGCACAUAUCCUCGGAAUGCCGGGAAUUGGUCCUCUUGACAGCAAUGGACUCCCUCUGUGUCGAGAAUCUCCAGGCCCUCAUCAUACUAGCCUUUCUAGACAUCGGAGAUGGCUAUGCCUCGAGGGCGUGGUCUAUCAUAGGGUCUCUUUCUAGGACAGUCGAGUACUUGCAACUCAGUAUCGAGGACGAAUAUGACAGAGCACCGCGAUCUCUCGCACCGCUAUCAGUUCUCCUACCACCUCAUAAUUGGACUGAAAAGGAAGAAAGACGGAGAGUGUUCUGGGUUAUAUUCAUUAUGGACAGGUGGAAUACAAGCUUGACGGCCGAUGACGUCUCUCGCAGACUACCUGCCGAUGGGACAUGCUGGUACCUAGAGACCCCAGUCCACACGCCCUAUUUUGGAAUUUGGGAUACUUCGGCUGUCAGUAUUGACACCUCGCUUGCUUUCAUGCCUGCGAUCGCGUCAAGAACCACGGCUCGAGACGUCGACGCCACGAAAUCCACCAGUCCCGAGGAUGGUAGCGGCGGUGCGCCGGCAAUGACGGACCUAGAAUCUAUUGGUGGACUCGCCUACCUCAUUGAGGCCACUGAGUCUAUGAGGAGGAUAGUAACUUACUUUCUUCGCCAAAACAUCAACUUCCGCGAUGAACGCCAAAUCACGAGGUGGCUAACACGGUUUAAGGAGUUGGAUCUCCGUCUAGUACAUUGGAAGAUGUUUCUUCCCAAACGGUGGAAAGAUCCAAACCAUGUGCCUGAUACAUCCACAGGCCCAAAGUAUCACGACCAUGGCAUGACCCUGGCUCACGUCAUGCAUAACACGUCCAUAAUCAUUUUGCACUCUCGCAUCGCAUACUCUAUACCACGAUGGUACGACAUUAUUCAGCUGCCUAGCUCGUGUAGUGCCGAGACGUGCCGGCUAGCUGCCGUACAGACAACCAGUAUCACGGCGAAGUAUCUCAGUUUUUGCCCCGACGGGAUCAUAGUUGCCCCCCAGUUUGCCUUCUGCAUUUUUAUCAGUGCCAAGGUGCUACUUGUGCAUUCACGAUACUACAACUUGCCUGUGCAGAAUGAGUUCUGGACGCUGGUCGAUAUGCUACAGCAGAUGGCGAAACGUUGGGCCGGUCUCGUGCGUUACGACUCUAGGUCUUGUGACAACGCAGCUGGGAAGUACGCCGAGAGGCUGGGUAUGCUGCACGAUAAAUGCCAAAACGGCCCGGACUUCGGCCUAGAUGUGCUCGACUACCCCAACGAUUCGCUCCUCGCAAUAGAGAAGAAUUCUAUCGAGGAGGACGGAGAUUUUGCUCAGAAUCUUCCAGAAGCCUCUGGCGGCCAAAUGGUUACACCCACAGUACGAGGAACUACGCGUGACGCGGGCACACCAGAGCGCCUCAUUACUGAUUGGACUGAGAAGCCGUUCUUCAUGGAUUCACCACCACAAGAGGCACAAACCGCCUUUAGCAAGCAGAGUACUCAGGCCGCAGAAUCGACCUCACCCUCUUUUAUAGUACCAGAUGCUCCUAAUCCAAACUCACAAAUGGGGGUGGGCAUGUCAUACGCUCCAGAUGUAGAAGGCACGUGUGAGACGGAGAGCGAUCUAGUGGCUCUCUCACAGACUUUCAUGGAACCGAGCUUCGCGAGCAUGGAUCGAAUCAUUGGAUUGAGUAAUUCCUUUCUAGAAGAUCUGAUAUAA